UGCCAUAUAACCUUUCUUUAAUGUAUCUUAACAUAUCGUUACGCUAAUGUUUUAGAAUGAUUUAAUACUCUUGGCUAAACUACAAAAAUUAAGUAAACUCCUCCUCGUCAGCUACUCAGUAAAUAUUGUCAGUUCUUCGCCCCAGAGCUGAUUAGAAGACUAGGAGAGCUGCUUCCUUUAGAGAGCCAGGCAGACUUGGCCAUGGACCAGGUCACAUUUAGAAGUGACACUGUUCUAUCUGAUGUGCACCUGCUGUUACCGAACGCUUGCCAUCUCAUGAAGAGACUGAACAGCGUAGGACAGCCAGUCUUCACGUCGAAGUUCAGGAUUCUGCGUGAUUGCGAUGGAAAGGAGUCGAGCGGUGAGUCGCCUGUCCGUGAGAGCACUGAUGCGUCGAAUGUUCCUCUGGAUGAAGAUGGGGACCUGGAUGUGGUCAGGAGGCCCAGAUGCUCCAGCAGUAACAGGGAUGCGGUAUGUCCCAUUAUCUUAAGUCAAUCUGCAGCAACGCUGACUGACGAGGAGGAAGAUUCGGAGGAGGAGGAUGGCGGCCGUGACGUCAUUAGGAUCGAGCAUACUAUGGCGACACCUCUGGAGGAUGUAGGGAAACAGAUCUGGCGUGGUGCUUUCCUAUUGGCCGAUUUCAUCCUGGCACAAGCCAGCAUGUUCACAGGCGCCACGGUCCUCGAGCUUGGAGCUGGAACGGGACUCGCCAGUAUUGUGAUGGCAAUGGUGGCCAAGACGGUGUACUGCACAGAUGUUGGCGAUGACCUUCUGAGCAUGUGUCAGAGAAAUGUGACUCUGAACAAGCAGCACUUUGAACCCCAAGAGAGCGAAAUACGGGUGCGGCAGCUGGACUGGAUGGCCGAUGAUCUCUGCACAGACGCUGAUUUGGACUUCUGCUGGACUGACGCAGAAAUAGGGGACUUGCAUGAUAAUACCACUUUUGUGAUCGCGGCAGAUGUGUGUUAUGAUGACGAUCUUACGGAUGCGCUGUUCAAAACAUUAUACAGACUUGCGAGCAACAUGCAGCACCCCAUCACAACCUACAUCUCCAUAGAAAAGAGAUUAAACUUCACACUGAGACACAUGGACGUGUCCUGUGAAGCAUAUGAUCACUUCCACCACUGCCUAGACCAGUUACAGCAGAUGACAGAUGGAAAGAUGAGUUUCAUGGUAGAGCCUGUCAAGAGCUCCUUCCCUCAGUUCUUUCAGUAUGAAAGGGUGGAACAGCUGGAACUUUGGAAGGUGACGGCAGAGAGACUUUAAUCUAUACAACCAAAGGUUUUCAGCCUCCUUUUAAUGCCAGGAUUUAUAUUUUAAUGUUUGCAGAAUUAAUCUUUGUUUUUUUUUUCUAUUUUAACGUGAAAUUCAAAGUCCUUAGUUUGAUAAUUUGCUUCAAAGUUAUUUAUUUAAAACUUUAAUAAAAAAAAAAAUAGAAAAAAGUUUUUCAGUGAAGGCUUUUCACUGUUCAUGUGAAAACGGGUGCUAAUGAAUGUUUUAUUGUGUCAUGCUUUAUGAGUUUUUCAAAGGAUCAUUGGGAGAGACUUUGGGUUAAUACUGUUGGCAUGUUUUGUGAAUUUUUGAAAACGAACACUGAAUGUAUUGUUGUUGGGGUAGUAUAUUAUUACCUAUGCAAAAACUGUGUUUUGGCAAAUAUACAUUUUAAGACGCUGACGACGAGCAUCCAUUAGUAGAUCUGUAGAACUCAGUGUAAUUCCAUUCAAAUGAAUUAUGCUUGAGCUCACAUGUUAGUGGAUAUGUGUUUUCUAAACUAAUAAAAUCGUUUAAUGA